AAGAACAAUUUAAAUUUAUUGACUCUGCCAAUUACGGACAUCACGCAGAUUAACCUGGGAGUUGCACGGUAUCUUUUGGAGAGAAGAUUAAUUUGUGUUGAUACGCUCAUCGGCGGCAAAAACUUGCCAGUGAAUGAACCAACGCUUCUUCACGUCGCAAUUUGGAAUGCGGAUGAAAAAUUGUUUCAUUACUUGAUGAACAAAGGUGCGAAUAUCCAUAAGAGCUUCGAAACUUAUGGAAGCGCUCUCCAUGUCGCAGUAUACAAGGCGACUUGGAACCUGCAGAUUAUUGAUCGGUUGAUCCAAGCAGGGGCCCCGAUAGAUGCACGAGAGUUCUCAAGACAAUGGACUCCGUUACAUGUUGCGUGUAGUUUAGGAAGAGCUGAUAUAGUCAUGCUACUUCUAACUCGUGGAGCUGAUAUUAAUGCAAAAAUCAGCAGUGGAAGCCCGGUGCGAUUACCUCCUGGGGACACACCUCUUCACGUGGCCAUUGAAUUUAACCAGGAGAAGAUCGUGGAACUUCUUUGCCGGUGCAGGGCUGACGUUAACUCAGCUUCAGUGUACCGAGGAACUCCUCUUCCUUUCGCGGUUGCGGUCGGAAACUUCAAGAUCGUGCAGCUGUUAAUCAAGUACGGCGCGAAUAUUGAUUUCGUUUCUACCAUCCAAGGAAAUGCUGCAAGAAGUUCAAUAUUUGGUGCAGAAGGAGUGGUUUCGUUGACUGCAUUGCAUGUGGCUGUUAAUUUACAGAAUAAAGAAAUGGUGGAAAUUCUGUUAAUUAAUGGAGCAGCCACAGACAUGUCAGUCGGAACAUUUGGAACUCCUCUCUACAGUGCUGUUCAGGGUGUCGAGAGUAAAAUAGUGCACCAUCUUUUGAACGCUGAAGCUGGCACUAAAAUUCUGCGCCAAGAGAAGUUGGCGAUUCAAAAAUUGAUUCGUGAAAACCAUCCGGUUAAUAAAAGUGCUAGCAUAAUGUUUUGUGAUAAGAACAAUUCAAAUUUAUUGACUCUGCCAAUUACGGACAUCACGCAGAUUAACCUGGGAGUUGCACGGUAUCUUUUGGAGAGAAGAUUAAUUUGUGUUGAUACGCUCAUCGGCGGCAAAAACUUGCCAGUGUAUGAACCAACGCUUCUUCACGUCGCAAUUUGGAAUGCGGAUGAAAAAUUGUUUCAUUACUUGAUGAACAAAGGUGCGAAUAUCCAUAAGAGCUUCGAAACUUAUGGAAGCGCUCUCCAUGUCGCAGUAUACAAGGCGACUUGGAACCUGCGGAUUAUUGAUCGGUUGAUCCAAGCAGGGGUCCCGAUAAACGCACGAGAGUUUUCGAGGCAAUGGACUCCAUUACAUGUUGCGUGUUAUUUAGGAAGAGAUGACAUAGUCAUGCUACUUCUAACACAUGGGACUGAGGUUAAUUCAACCAUCAACAGUAGAAGCCCGGUACGAUUACCUUCUGGAGAGACACCCCUUCACGUGGCCAUUGAAUUCAACCAGGAGAAGAUAGUGGAACUUCUGUGCCGGUGCAAGGUGGGCAUCAACUUAGCUUCGGUGUACCGGGGAACUCCUCUUUCUUUUGCGGUUGCAGUCGGAAACUUCAAGAUCGUGCAACUGUUAAUUAACUGCGGCGCGGAUGUUGAUUAUGUUUUCACCAUCCAAGGAAGCGCUGCAAGACGUUCGAUGUUGAGUGCAGAAGGAGAUAUUUCGUUGACUGCAUUGCAUGUGGCUGUUAAUUUACAGAAUAUAGGAAUGGUGGAAAUUCUGUUAAUUAAUGGAGCAGCCAUAGACAUGUCAGUCGGAACAUUUGGAACUCCUCUCUACAGUGUUGUUCAGCAUGUCGACAGUAAAAUAGUGCACCAUCUCUUGAAUGCUGGAGCCAGCGAUAAUAUUCUUCGCCAAGAGAAGUUGGCGAUUCAAAAUUUGAUUCGUAAAAACCAUCCGGAUAUCACUUCAUUAAGCCCGGACAUCUCUUCAUUUAUUUAUUUAACCCGGUCAAAAAAAUGUGUUAACCCUAUGAAAAAGUGA